AUGGCUAUAUUCGCGGCCAUCAGUCGAUUCUGUCUGAUAAUAGCCCUCCAGAAAGAGGACGCCCUUGUAGUCACUAUUAUCAAAAUUUUCCCGGCUAUGCCGGUGCACGCGAAGGUGCGACCGCUGUUGGGCACCUACACUGAGGACGAUAUAGUUGACUACUAUUGCGAAUACACUGAUAUGAAACUCAUUGGAAAUGCUCGACGAAAGUGUAAUAAAAGUCGUUGGACUGGAGACAUACCUCAAUGCGGUUCAAUACCUCGGCGCACAUUAGACCGCAUCGAAAUGGUCAACCUUGGCAACCACAGUGUCAGCAAUAUAUACUAUUCGCACCAAUUGUAUUAUACGUCAAACUACCUGAGCGAAUACCAAAAGCAACAACAAAUGACAUUUUUCGGUCAGCCCUCCACACCCGGAGAAUGCAUUCACUCCAAAGUCAAAGCCAACGUAACGUCCCUCGAGUGGCGGCUCGUAUUCAAGUGGGCCAUCGGACAGGUAUAUCACGUGGAGAUAGUAGUAAACACGGCGAACAUGAACCAGGCACUAGAUUUUCGCAAAAAUGGCUCAAUCGUACGCCAGCCUGAGGGGACCCCCGAGCCGGUGGAAGUCAACGAAAAACUCUUUAAAUACACAUUUGUUUGCGAACUCCGAGACCAGAGUAAUGUCCAGAAGUUGGAGGACUUCGCGGCCAUUCGGUCCGAAGAGUUGAUGAAUGUUACCAUCGAUUUCGGGGUCACAGAUGUGACGGUGUGUGAGCUGCACGUGUCGGAGACACUGCCCAUACGCUACUAUAGCCGCGGCUCCUGUGGCUCACCGGACAUACCGUUGUACUCGACGUACGGACCGGUGUUUGACGAAACCAGCAAUGGAUUCAUACCUAUCGGCUAUAGAUUUACUUGCGAUAAUGGUUUCCGAUUGGAUGGCAAUCAAGUAGUGACGUGUGUGACUACAAGGGCGUCCUCUUUCUGGAGGGCUAUUAUCAGACAGAAUCGACUGAUGGCCGCGAAUAUAGCCAUCCCUGCCAUCGACAGCCAUUCGGUGGAAGUGGUGGGAAGAGUGUAG